UUGAAACCUACGCGAGGGAGGAGGCGGGUGUUGCGGCCGGCGGCUGGAGCUGAAGCUGGACGGGUCCCUGCGGCGAGCGAGCUGCUGAGUGCGGCGUCCGGGCGUCCUUGGAUCCUGCCAGCGAGCAAGGUGGUAGCAGUGAUUGCAGAGCUGGGCUACACGUGUGAGUUCCGAGGAGCUCGGGUGAUUACCCAGUGAAUCCAUUCCUGGUAAAUAAUAAGCUGUGACCAUGACUACUGAAGUGGGCUCCGCAUCUGAAGUGAAGAAAGAAUCUGACCAGUUGGGAACAGAUGCAACCAAGGAGAAACCGAAAGAAGUAGCAGAAAAUCAGCAGAAUCAGUCAUCUGAUCCAGAGGAGGAAAAAGGCUCCCAGUCACCUCCGCCAGCUGAAAGCCAAAGUAGUCCACGCCGCCAGAAGAAAGAGAAGGAUCCAUCUGAGAGCAGGGGGAUUUCUCGAUUCAUGCCCCCGUGGCUUAAGAAACAAAAGUCCUAUAACUUAGCAGUGGCCAAAGACAGAGGAGGUAAAAAAGAAACUAUCCAAGCUGUUGGGGAAGAGCAGAUUUUAGAUAAGGAGGAAUCUCUUCCUGAAGAAGAAAAGCAGGCCAAGGGUGAUGCUGAAGAAACAGCCCAGAGAAAACAACAGGAGAUUAAGGUCGACAUCGAGGAAGAGAAACCUCUGGUGAGCAGUCUGGAGACACAACCUGUUGAAGAAGUAAGUAAGGAGAGGGAAGAGGAGAAGGUAAAGGAAAUACAGGAGGACAAAUCGGAUGAAACAGCAAAAAGGGAGACGAAGGAAGUUCAGACCAAUGAGCUAAAAGCAGAGAAGGCCUCUCAGAAAGCCACCAAGAAGACCAAAACUGUUCAAUGCAAAGUGACCCUCCUAGAUGGCACCGAGUACAGCUGUGACCUGGAGAAACGUGCUAAGGGACAAGUGUUAUUUGACAGAGUGUGUGAACAUCUCAAUCUCUUGGAGAAAGACUACUUUGGACUUGUGUUUCAGGAGAACCCUGAGCAGAAAAACUGGCUAGAUCCCGCAAAAGAAAUGAAGAGACAGCUGCGAAAUCUUCCUUGGCUGUUCAGCUUUAAUGUGAAAUUUUAUCCUCCCGAUCCUUCUCAGUUGACUGAAGAUAUCACCAGAUACUUCUUGUGCCUUCAGCUCCGGGAGGACAUUGCCUCAGGCCGCCUGCCCUGCUCUUUUGUGACACAUGCCCUCCUGGGAUCGUACACACUGCAGGCUGAACUUGGGGACUAUGACCCAGAAGAGCAUGGCAGUCAUGACCUCAGUGACUUCCAGUUUGCCCCUACACAGACGAAGGAACUGGAAGAGAAAGUGGCGGAGCUGCAUAAGACCCAUAGGGGUUUAUCUCCAGCGCAAGCUGAUUCUCAGUUCUUAGAAAAUGCCAAGAGGCUUUCCAUGUAUGGAGUCGACCUGCAUCACGCCAAGGACUCAGAAGGAGUGGACAUCAAGCUGGGCGUGUGUGCUAAUGGGCUUCUCAUCUACAAAGACAGACUGAGAAUCAAUCGUUUUGCUUGGCCGAAAAUCCUGAAAAUCUCCUAUAAGCGCAGUAACUUCUACAUAAAAGUUAGGCCAGCAGAGCUGGAACAGUUUGAGAGCACCAUUGGCUUUAAACUGCCAAACCAUCGGGCAGCGAAAAGGUUAUGGAAAGUGUGCGUGGAACAUCAUACUUUCUACAGGCUUGUGUCUCCAGAACAGCCACCAAAGGCCAAGUUCCUGACCCUGGGCUCCAAAUUCCGCUACAGCGGCCGUACCCAAGCGCAGACCCGCCAGGCCAGCACCCUCAUUGACAGGCCGGCACCGCACUUUGAACGCACUUCUAGUAAGCGGGUCUCCAGUAGUCUAGAUGGAGCUCUGAUUGGUAUUGUGGACCGAAGUCUUACGAAGGAUUUUCCUGGCCUUGCUGGGGAGGUUUCAGCACGUGGCCCUGGAGCUGUGAGCCCUACUGUGGUACAAGAUGGUGGUGGCAGCAGGGACCUUAGAAGCCCAGCUAAAACCCCACAUGUGCAACUCACUGAAGGAAAGAAAAAUUCCUUGAGAGUAGAAGGGGAUAAUAUUUAUGUCAGACAUAGCAAUUUAAUGUUGGAGGACCUGGAUAAGGCCCAGGAGGAAAUACUGAAACACCAGGCUAGCAUUAGUGAACUCAAGCGCAAUUUUAUGGAAUCCACACCUGAACCACGCCCUAAUGAAUGGGAAAAACGACGUAUCACACCUCUGUCCCUACAGACACAAGGGAGCAAAGGAGACCAUCUUUUCAAGGAUAUUUUAUCCAUGACGGAGAAGCAUCAGAUGACAGCCACAUGGACAGUUGAAGAGAAAGCCCAGGAGGCAGACAAGAAAUGCGCUCCUGAGUCCGAAGGGCCUUGCGCCGGAGCCAGUGAUGCUGUUAAGAGUUCACUUGAGACUCUGAAUAUAGUGGAGGAGAAGAAGCAGGCAGAGGUUGGGAAAGACCAAAGAGUAACCCCGGAAGAGAUGCACGGUAAAGAGCCGUCCCCUGGGCAUGGUCCUGGGGAGAUGCGGAAGGUGGAGCCGGGGGCGCAGCAAGACUCCACCUCCCUGUCUUCUGAGAGCAGCAGCCAGAGCGAGGAGGAGGAGGAGGAGGAGGAGGAGGAGGAGGAGGAGGAGGACGUGGGGGAGUACCGGCCCCACCGCCAAGUGCCUGAGGGCGCCAUCAGGGAGGUGCAGGAGGAGUAUGAAGAGGAGGCGGACCAGGCACGCGGCCAAGCAGCCAAGGUAGUAGAGAGGCAGGACCCAGUGCCGGCAGCCAGCGCGGUCACACAAGCAGGUGCCAGUGUCGGCACAGUAGAAACAGUGACCCAGGAGGAGGGAGCGGGCCCCCAGAUCCCUGCCGAGAAGAGCGUAAACGAAGGCGCUGUUAAGCAAGACGUGAGCGAAGAAACGGAGGACGAGCAACAGAUAGUUAACGGAGACGUGGCUCCCGUUGACGUUGAUGUUUUGCCACAGAUUAUCUGUUGUUCAGAGCCACCAGUGGUAAAAACAGAGAUGGUAACAAUUUCUGAUGCCUCACAAAGGACAGAAAUCUCCACCAAGGAAGUCCCUAUUGUCCAAACUGAGACCAAAACCAUCACAUAUGAGUCUCCACAGAUUGAUGGCGGGGCUGGUGGUGACUCGGGCACGUUACUGACUGCACAGACCGUCACAUCGGAGUCCGUGUCGACGACGACAACCACACACAUCACCAAGACUGUAAAAGGUGGAAUAUCUGAAACAAGAAUUGAAAAGCGCAUCGUGAUCACGGGAGAUGCAGAUAUUGAUCACGACCAGGCGCUGGCCCAGGCCAUCAGGGAAGCCAGGGAGCAGCACCCUGACAUGUCGGUCACGAGGGUGGUGGUGCACAAAGAAACCGAGCUGGACGAAGGGGAAGAGUAAGCACAAGUCCUACUGAGUAAUGAAAUAGCCUAAAGCAGACAAUAAGGUGAGAAACAAUGAAUUUGAUUAGCCAAUCAGUCCUGAAUAAUCAAAAGGCUAUCCUAAUAUCUGUGAUAAAUCUAAUUAGUGGGGAAUUUUUUCAUUAAAAUAAGACAAUUUUAUCUAACCAAAAGAAUGUACAAUCUAACUGACUUUGGACCAGUGCCUCUUGGAAAGGACAUUAGUUGCUGCUCUCUGCUGACUUCUCUGAUCACCUACCAUUUGCCAAAAAUUUCACCCAAACUCAAAUAGAAAGUAAAACAAUUGCCUUCUUAAAACUUUUCUCUUGCAGGGGCAAUGCAUCAACCUUAUUUUUUUAUCUGCCUCCCUGUCCACUUUUAUUUUAGUCCUCUCUCCCCUCUACCUACUUUUGGUGGUGGGCUUCCCCAAGACUUAUACUCACGUGAGACUAGUUCCAUUUGUUGGUUUCAUGUAUCCCUUGGUGCCGACUUGCAGAUUUGUAUCCCUAGUGCUAAGACCACACCCGGGCUCUAGGCCUAUCAUUCUCCUUCUAUCUUUGAGGUCCCAGACUCUAAACCUGACAGUCUCCUCUGGUACUUCCAAUCAAAUCCAAGCUCUUCCUCUCCUGGGCUUGUCAUGCCUUCUGUGAACUGGCCACUCCUGGUUCCCUGACCUGUUUCUUGCCUCUUGUUACUGAGGUCAUUGCAGUAGCUGGACAGUUUUGUUGGCUGUUUUGUUUUUUGUCUGAAUGCUCUUUUCUGAAUUCAUUAUUUUUUGUCUAUGAGAUCAAGCUCAUACUUCUCAGCCUGUUAUUAAACAAGUAGGCCCAGUAUUUUUUUCUUGCCUUCUAUUACUCACCAUACCAAUACUUAGCUUCCAUGACUUCCAUUUCUCCACUGUCCUAUCCCCUCCACCCCACCCCAUUCAUUCCUGACCUCCACCCCAGACAUCUGUAAACUCACCUUACCUAUCAGGCACUUUCUCACUUCCUUGCAUCUUUCCUCAUUCUUUUCUCCCAACCUGAGGCAGCUUUUAUUCAUUUCAGUGAAGUCAAAAUCACUUUUUCUUCUUCUUUGAAUCUAACUUUAAAGCCUACAUUGGUUUCUCUUUUUUUUUAGAUUUUUAUUAUAUGAAUUACCUCUGUUUUAUAGUUAACUUUUUGGUCAGAUUCUUAUUUGCCACUUGUUUCUCAUGUGCUAGUCAAUCCUUCAGGUAUUUUAAGGCCCUUAAGGGUGGAUCAGGCUCUCAUGCUUGUCUUCUGGUAAAAUACUGUUUACUGUAGGACCAGGCAGAUGGGAACUGUUGAUUACUUGAUUUGGAAUUUGGUGAAGCUUACUUACAUUUUUUUUCCCCAAGCCUGUCUUUGGAAUAUUUAAGCCUUG